UGGAUCCUUGACAUGGCGUAGAGAGGAAGGCACAAGGGAAACGGACUACUUUUUCUGCUGUUAGAGAGCAGGCUUUUGCAUUUCCAUCCAGGAAAUAAUCAAUUCCAUCGUUUAAUAUUCGUCUACUGUUCUAAGCUUUGCAGUGGCGACGUCUACAUUUUCAAGAUGAUGUCCGAUGCCAGUGACAUGUUGGCUGCAGCUUUGGAGCAGAUGGAUGGAAUCAUAGCAGGCUCCAAGGCUUUAGAGUACUCAAAUGGCAUCUUCGACUGCCAGUCCCCUACCUCUCCCUUCAUGGGCAGCCUGCGAGUACUGCACUUGGUUGAAGACCUUCGUGGCUUAUUGGAACUGAUGGAAGUAGAAGAAAAAGAAGGAUUACGCUGUCAAAUCCCAGACUCCACUGCAGAGACUGUGGUUGAAUGGCUCCAGGGUCACGUGACCAAUGGACACAUCUCUGUGAGUGGUGAUGUUUACCAGGAAAGACUGACUCGCCUGGAGAGUGAUAAAGAAUCCCUAGUUCUGCAAGUGAGUGUGUUAACAGAUCAAGUGGAAGCACAAGGAGAGAAGAUCCGAGAUCUUGACUUUUGCUUGGAGGAGCAUAGAGAGAAACUUAAUGCUACUGAGGAAAUGCUGCAACAGGAACUUUUGAGCAGAUCUGCCCUGGAGACUCAGAAAUUGGAUCUCAUGGCUGAGAUUUCCAACCUAAAACUAAAGCUGACCGCUAUGGAGAAAGACCGUCUGGAUUUUGAUGAGAGGUUCAGGGACAGUGAGUCACUGCAUAACUUAAUCUAUGAGCUCCGAGACCAGAUGGAAACACUGGAGGUGGAACUAGUACUUUUCCAGGAAAAGAGGUCACAGUAUGGGGAUCAAGAGGGAUUGAUCCAGGAGAUAAACGAGCUGAGGUUCAAGAUAACAGACAUGGAAAAUGAAAGGCUGCAGUAUGAAAAGAAACUGAAAUCAACAAAGUCGCUUAUGGCCAAACUCUCUAGCCUGAAAAUCAAGGUGGGUCAGAUGCAAUAUGAAAAGCAGAGGAUGGAACACAAAAGCCAGACACUAAAGGAUGAGUUGGUGAUGUUGAAGGACAAACUAGAGCAGAAAAAUGGAGAGGUGGAGAGCCUCUACAAGAUCACAAGUGCAACCGGAGGUUCAGAAAAGGAUGAAAAAGACUUAGAGAUGCAGAAGAUGAAAAGGGCAGUUGAGUCUUUGAUGGCAGCUAAUGAGGAGAAAGACCGUAAAAUUGAGGAACUUAGACAGUCGCUGAACAGGUACAAGAAGGUUCAAGACAUGGUCAUGUCAGCUCAAGUUAAAAAAGAUAAACUUAAAGAAGGCAGCAGUGAGGAGAGUCAGAGUGAUAGCUCGGUUUCUGUGUCGACUGCUAUUUCAGUCUCAAUUGAAUCUGAGAAAUCUCCCUCGCCUGUCGGAACAAAUGAAGAAGAGAUAGUAAAAACUACUGAUGAGAUACCUGUUCAAAUGCACAAAAGUGUUCUCCAAGUUUCAAUUCCAGCUUUGGCAUCCUCACGAAAGAACAGCAGUGAGCAGGCCCAGAGCCAGGAGCAGGAGGAUUGGGGCCUGUCAGAAAUUAGUGGGAUGGUGACACCAGAUAUGUCUUCAAUAAUACAAGAAACAAGCUUGUGUGAUAGUCCUGUAACAAGUAGUAUGGACAAUUUAAAAAGCAGUGACACGGAUAAGAACCCUGUUGUAGCGCCGACUCAUCAGAAGCCGACAGAGAUGGCUGAAAACUUUUUUCUCCUCAUUAAGAACAAAGCUUAUGAAGAGAUCAGCAAGUUUAGUCCUCUUCUUCCUAAGCCUCCUGGUCAGCCUGGCUCAGUCGAUGAUGAAAGCUUUGGUUCUCGGAAAGCGAGGGCCUCGUUUGGUCGCGGCUUCUUCAAGAUCAAGGGAAGCAAGAGGACAGCAAGUGCACCCAAUCUAGAUCGCAGUCGAAGUGCAAGUGCACCUACAUUAGCGGAGACAGAAAAAGAAGGCUCUGAGCACAUAGAUCUGGCAGGAAUGCCUCGUAGGUCUGCAGAUGCUGACAGCUCCCAAACAUCACCUUCUUCACCAGACUCCAAGAAAAAGGCCAGAGGAAUCAAGAAAUUGUUUGGAAAGCUUAAAAGAAGCCAGUCUACAACAUUUAACCCUGAUGAUAUGUCUGACACAGAAUUUAAAAGAGGUGGCGUGAGGGCAACUGCAGGCCCUAGGCUGGGCUGGUCUCAGGACCUACAGCAUGCUAAAAGUGAAUUAGACGUGCCGUUUGCAAAGUGGACAAAGGAUCAGGUGUGUAACUGGCUACAGGAACAAGGCCUGGGUUUAAAUGUGAAUUUUGCCAAACGGUGGAUCAUGUCGGGACAGACUCUACUGCAGGCUUCACAGCAGGACCUGGAGAGGGAGCUUGGAAUUAAACAGCCUCUUCACAGGAAGAAGCUGCAGUUGGCCUUGCAAGCCCUUGGUUCAGAGGAAGAUGACCGCAAAGGAAGACUUGAUUACAACUGGGUCACGAGGUGGUUGGAUGAUAUUGGACUACCCCAGUACAAGACUCAGUUUGAUGAUGGAAGAGUAGACGGGAGAAUGCUUCAUUACAUGACUGUUGAUGAUUUGCUAUCCCUGAAAGUUGGAAGUGUUCUACAUCACCUUAGUAUAAAGAGAGCCAUUCAGGUCCUGCGCAUCAAUAACUUUGAGCCUAACUGUUUACGCAGGCGACCCUCAGAUGAGAACAACAUAACACCAGCAGAGAUUGCUCAGUGGACAAACCACCGUGUUAUGGAAUGGCUGCGAUCUGUGGACCUGGCAGAGUACGCUCCCAAUUUGAGAGGGAGUGGUGUACAUGGAGGCUUAAUGGUGUUGGAACCUCGGUUUAACGUGGAAACAAUGGCCCUUCUGUUGAACAUUCCUCCAAACAAAACUCUCCUGCGUCGACACUUGGCAACCCACUUCAAUUUACUGAUUGGCCAAGAGGCUCAGCAACAAAAGCAGGAAUCUGUGGAGUCUCCUGACUACACCCUUCUUACUGCCACUGCUAAACUGAAGCCAAGAAAGCUUGCUUUUGGGAGUUUGCGGAAGAAGAAACAUGAAGAAAUUGAGGAGUAUGUGUGCCCGAUGGAUGUGGCAAUGCCCACAGGAAGUAGUUUUCAGAAUGCAUGUAAGCGUGGAAUGGAAAUCAGACUGUAUGAUGAUGACCUUGAUCGCUUGGAGCAGAUGGAGGACUCCGAAGGAACUGUCAGACAAAUUGGAGCUUUUUCUGAGGGCAUCAACAACUUGACAAUGAGCAUGUUAAAAGAUGAAGAAUUCUUCAAAGAACUCUCCACCUGUUCUCCCAGUGCCAGCGUAACAGAUGAAGACUCAAAUGUGUGACAAAGAAAGUGACCCUCAUUUAGAUGAACGGAUGGGCUGUGAACCGUGAAAUUGAGUGUGCAAAUUGUAAAGAAUGCCUAUACAUUACCUAUAUGUCAUCUAAUAUAUAUAUUGUAAAAAUGUGGGGGCACUUAUAAGUGUGUCCUGAAAAUUAUUACAACUAUAUUGAAAUAUAUCUUAACCACAUUUUGAAUUGCAUACAAUUAUCAGCAGUCUAUGGUUCUCAGUAGAUUGCUGUGUUUUAAAUAAACUGCAUUUCAUGUAUAGUAUGUAAAGGUUGCCAAAUAUCUAGAAGACAAGUUAUAAGACAUUUCCCCCUGUUUUUAUGGACCCAUAUGACCACUAGUCUUGGUCACUUCAAGUACUUUUUUUUUUCAAUAUGUUAAAAAUGUUAGGGUAAGUCUGGUUAGCAAAAGAUUAUGCAUUAUAAAUCACAAAAGUGAAGAUUGGGUUCCGUAAUUACACUGUGUAACAAUUUUUUUUUUUUUUUUUUGUU